AUGCGGCACAUUGAACGCAAGUUUGGAUUUCUGCUAGACGACCUCACCGUUCACAAGUGGUUGACCACUGAGGACUUGAAAGCCAUGAGCGAGGCAGUAUAUCUGAAAGGUGCACCUUUGAAGAAUUGCUGGGCCUUCAAUGACGGCACGGUGUGGCCAAUUUGCAGACCGUCAAAAGAUCAGCGUACUUAUUUUUCUGGGCACAAGCGGCUACAUGCACUAAAGUACCAAUCCUUGAUGUGCCCAAAUGGUCUGAUAUGCGAGCUGGAUGGCCCAUACCCUGGGAGCAAGCAUGAUGCUGGGAUCUUUCACGACAGUGGACUCUACAAAAAGCUUGAAAAGCUGAAUGAAGGCAACCAACAAUUCGUGCUGUAUGGUGACCCUGCUUAUCCACUACGCCCGCUGCUCAUGAAGCCAUAUGGGGGGACAAGGAAGACAGUACAGCAGGAGAAAUUCAAUGCUGCCAUGAGUGCUGUUAGGCAAUCAGUAGAAUGGGGUUUCGGUAAAAUAAUCUCUGAAUUUGCUUUCUUAGAUUUCAAGAAAAACCAGAAGGUUCUACUUCAGGCUGUACCUCGAAUGUACAGAGUGGCCGUCAUACUUACCAAUUGCCAUGCGUGCAUGUAUGGCAAUCAGGUCUCUUCAUACUUUGACCUGGAACCACCAUGUCUUAUGUAUUACCUCAGGCCAACUAUGCAGUAGUCAGUGGAAGCAACCGCAUACGUAAAUGCGCAAUGCGGAACUGUCGUACAGGGCAUGCUAGUGCAUGCAACACAUUUUUCAUUACCAUUGAAGCAACAGUGCACACAUUUAACUUUGUUUAUUAUUUAGCCAACUUGUUCACCACUGCAUCAAGAAUUUGCAAUAAAGCCUGUUGGUUG